AUGAGGCUGACACCACUUGAUUGGAAGAAGGCUGCUAUUGUCUAUCCGAUUGAGUUGGUGGUAGGUUGUACUUUAGCCUUUCUAAUGGGGCAUGAAAGGUUAGAAUCGCAGAGGAAGGAGCACUACUUUUUGAACCCUAACAACUUUAUAAACCAAAUAUUUGCAUAUCGUGGCAAUCAAAUAUGGACUAUACUCUUCUGCGGUUUAGCUGGUUUGCAAGUGUACAUGAAGACCCACGUACCUGAUGUAAUACCAAGAGACGCAAGAACCAUCGUUCGCAAACCCAUGACGAGUUUGCUCAAGGAGUACGCCGUGAAGAUAAUUCUCAAGAAUCUAUUACUAGCUAUAAUUUUCCUUUUCAUCGAUAAUAUCUUUAUAUUAACCGGAGGAUCGUGUUCAGAUCAUAGUGGGACCCAUUCAGCGGAAAAAUGUAGUAAAAAUGGUGGUUACUGGGAAGGUGGAUUUGAUAUUAGUGGUCAUUUUUGCUUCUUGGUUAGUAUUAGCAUGAUUCUUUGGCUCGAACUCCAGCAUCUAGAAUCGUGGUUAAUAGAAGAAGACAUGGUGAAAAGGCUUAACGUUUGGGGCAAAACCAUUAUCGGUAUCACCGUCUUUACACUGGCAACCUGGUGCUUUAUACUGAUGGUAACAUCGAUUUAUUACCACACAUUAUUGGAAAAAAUUCUAGGUUGCGCAAUGGGAUACAUUUGCCCCAUCAUCAUGUAUUGGUUGAUUCCUAAUCAUGAUAUUGUCCGUAAAGUACUUUACUAA